CAUGUCAGUUGGAAAACAAGCGAGCGAGCGAGCGAGCGAGGGUGGGCUGCUGCUGGUGGUGGGUCGUUGGUGCGAUUCGCGGAUUCGCGCGGCGGUUCGUGUUACUGUAACACAGUCGUGCACGGCCCACGGAGCCGUCAUCAUCCAACUCCGGGUGUAUAACGCGUUAGCGAACGCUGCAGUCACUCCGUGACCGUUUUUACGUUGGAAUCUGCAUAACGUUUUUAUGUACGCGUGUGUCUACGUAUUCUUGGUAGUCGGGAUUGAAUUCAGGAGUUUGUUAUUGUCGUCUCGCUCGGUAUCCUUCACGUGCUUCUGUUUUCUGUGUCCGGAGAGCAGUGUCGGUUCUUUGAGGACGGGACAGGAGAAGACGUGACUGUUGGACUUGUUGACGAGUUUUGAGAAUUGGACGGAGUUUUGUAAGGGGCUGGGGACAAUAUUUUGGGGUGUCGAUAAGUGGUGGGCAAAACUGGAGCUGUGUCCUUUGGCGGAAUGUACGACACAGCGAUGGACGCCUGGAUGUACGACGUGGUUUGUAUGAUGUCUGGUACCGCCGUUGAAGGUACGGUCGGAAACAAUAGGACGAUGCCGAACAUCAAGCAGGAGGUCGAGAAUCCCACGACGCCCACCCAAAAUUAUCAUCAGGUCUGCUCGCCAACGACGACUCUUCAUCAUCAAGAAGGAAUCUGUGGGAAGAUGGAUAUGCCGGACUACGGAGGCGGCGGGGGUAGUCCAGGAAGUCCUGAGAUGCAUCAUUGCUCUUCGACGACUCAGCCCCUAGGGACGCCAGAGGAAGGUAUCAAGGAAGAGGACAUGAUGCCCAGAAGACUCUGCUUGGUAUGCGGUGACGUGGCAAGCGGUUUUCAUUAUGGCGUCGCAUCCUGCGAAGCGUGCAAAGCCUUCUUCAAGAGAACGAUACAAGCGAGUAACUUUACAGGUAACAUCGAGUACACGUGUCCGGCCAACGGAGAAUGCGAGAUCAAUAAACGCAGAAGGAAAGCCUGCCAAGCCUGCAGGUUUCAGAAGUGCCUGAGACAGGGGAUGCUCAAGGAGGGUGUCAGACUCGACCGGGUCAGAGGUGGCCGACAAAAAUAUAGAAGAUCCACGGAUCCCUACAUGCCUGGCAAAGUUAUUACACUCGAAGCUAACGUAGGCUCGGCAGCCUCUUCGGAAGCAAUAAAUAAUAAAAUGGUGGAAGCCCUCAUGGCUUGCGAACCGGAUGUUCUCCAGGUGUCGAGUUUGUCUCAUACCUUGGAUACGGAUCAACGAGUUCUUGGACAACUCUCAGAUCUUUACGAUCGGGAACUCGUUGGUAUCAUUGGCUGGGCGAAACAGAUACCUGGUUUCAGCAGCUUAGCGUUGAACGACCAGAUGCGCCUUCUUCAGAGUACGUGGGCUGAAAUCCUGACCUUCAGCCUCGCCUGGCGGAGCAUGCCCAACUGUGGAAGACUCAGGUUCGCCCAGGAUUUCACGCUGGAUGAGAGGCUGGCUCGUGAGUGCCAUUGCUCUGAGCUCUAUGCCCAUUGUAUACAAAUCGUGGAGCGGAUUCAACGAUUGGGAUUGGCCCGUGAGGAGUACUUCGUAUUGAAGGCUCUCGUACUGACGAACAGCGACGUCAGACUGGACGAGCCACAGACCCUGUAUCGCUUUCGAGAUUCCAUCUUGAACUCCCUGUCGGAUUGUGUAGCGGCUAUUCGACCUGGGCAGGCUCUUCGUGCCACGCAAAAUAUGUUCCUAGUGUUACCGAGCCUGAGGCAGGCUGAUGGUAUCGUGAGAAAAUUCUGGUCGAGUGUUCAUCGGACGGGAAAAGUUCCCAUGAAUAAGCUUUUCGUCGAGAUGCUGGAGGCUGCGGCUUACCGAUGAGUUUACACAGGAACACAAGGAACUGGCGAAGAUCGUCGUUCUGAAGAUUAGCCAGAAGCUCCGUGCCCGAUUUCAUCGCGGAAUGUAAUCGACACUCGCGACUUUCGGUUCGGUUAGUUUGAAAAGUCUGUACAGUUGAGACGAAGGUGGUAACGAUUGACCUCUUGUUGGUCCACAGAAACAUUUGUGAGAUCCUAGCGAAUAAGUCCGAAUGGUUUAUCAGAUUUAAUGGAUCAUGAACUAAUUCAUACGGAACUUAUGAUAAUCUGUUUGCUCUGACGAGUCGCGAUUGUAAUUUACGGUUUACCCUUUGUCGCUAAUCCAAUCCAUUCAUGGUGCUGCAAUCUGCACGAGAGAUUGCGUGAAAUUCUAAGGAGAUGAUUUUUGACUUUUUUUUUUCUCGACGAUCUACUCGUCCACACUUAUGACUAUACGUUUCUAUUCGAACGCCCCACAUACAGGUAGUACGAUAAAAACGUCGAGUCUACGUCGCGUCGCGACGCAUUAGUACUGGACACGGUCUGUGUAUAUAGGUAUACAUGUAGAAACAGAUUACCAGGAUGGAUUGGAUAAAUAUAUAAUUAAUUAUGAAGGUAGUCAUAAAUAGUGACAUGGGAAACUCAAUUGGAUCCUUAAGGGAUGCUCGCGGUGUCGUUGAAAUUCUCAAGAGAGCCGACGAUCUGUGUUUCAAAGGUUGGGAUAAGUGCGUAGUCUGGACUGAUCGCGGUGAUGUGAUGCUGCGACGAAAGUGAGAUGUAAAGUUUUGUAUCGAUUGUUGUACAAAGGAGAGAAGGUGAGAGCAAGAGUGCGAGAGACCGAAAGAUAAAUAAGAAAAUACAAGGAGGCAAAUUUAUUAAGAAGAAUGCGAUCGCGAGUCGACUAUUGAAGAUGUUGGCUCAGCGUAUGAACAAAGAGAUGGAACGAUGAAGAAUUGAGGGAAACAAAAGAGAAAUUUGUUUUUUUCAAAUAAAUACUUUAGCGAGUAAAGAGAGAGAGAGAGCGAGAGAGAGAGAGAGAGAGAGAGAGAGAGAGAGAGAGAGAGAGAGAGAGAGAGGGAGCGUUAAGUAAAACUUUAUUUUGCGAAUCAAGCGAGUUGAUCUGUAUGUGUUAAGUAUUGGGACUUUUCAUCAUCUUCUUUCUUCUGUUUAUCAUUUAUUUUUCUUAUCUCUCUUUUACAUGGGCAAACUUUCCUCCGUGCGUUCUCACGUUUAUUCUGUUUAUAUCCGCAACGACGCGGGCGUCGAAUCAUACGACGAUGAUCAAAAGACAUGAGUUACCAGUGCCGACGAGCUGUUUCAGUGAAUAUUUUGCUCGGAUAGCGCGUUUCAUAUUUUGCGCCUUUACUUUCCUUUUUUUUUUCCUCUUGUACUUGUAUUCUCUCGAGAUCUACGUGUGACGCUAUUGCACGUGCCAGGGGUUACAAUUACUACAGAACAUUUAACAGCAGUGCAUCAAGAUGCUAAACGCUCUAUGUAAAACGUACCACGGAGUGAAAGAUGAUGAGAUAACGUAGGAAAAUAUAUUCAGGGAUCUUUAUUAUCUAGUUAUUACUGUUACGAAGAUUGUGCACGGGAAGUCGUAUCCCAUGAUAAUGGUAGCCGUCGUGAACCGACCAAUCCUGUCGGUCUUACUUUUGUUAAGGUACAAUAGUAAGGAAACGAGAAAAAAAUGGAAUAUGUAAGAAAUCAUUAAUAAUUAUACUAUACAAAAUGUGUACGAGAGGUAUCGCGAGGAACAAUAAGAAGAAAACGAAAACGGGCUGCGUUACGUCCGUGAUAUUGUUUAUUUAACGUAAUGGCGGACCGUAGCGUUUAUAGUGCAAUAAAAGCGAAGAACAAUGAAUUAUAACAAUUGGAGAUAGAGAGAGAGAGAGAAAGAGAAAAUGGCUAGGUAUGAUUUUUUCUUUGUUCACUUUUUUUUCUUCUUUUAUUAAGAUUUCCUGCUUGUUUUCGGGGAUACACAAUUAAAUGGCAGUUUAUUAUGCCUGCGAACAAUUGAUUUACUUUCUACUUUCAUAUCGAUUACAAUUCAGUUUAGUAUAUCGAUGCGUUCUUAGACAAUGUAUUACUUUGAUAACAGAAGAUAGCGAUGCGGCUGCGGUGUCGCUUUUCUUCUUAUUAAUUUUCUCGCUCUUUUUUCCUUCUUGGCCGUUUCCUCUUUCCGUUUCUUCAGUUGGCCUACACACGGGGCGCGCAACGUGCACUUCGCGCAAGUCGAGUUUACCUUCUCAUUUUCACAUUGUAUUUUUAAGUUUCCUUCACUCUGCGUAAUGGCGGUCCGUUCCUCAGCGUGUAGUACGUAGCAUAAUGAAAUUAUUGAUAACGAAGUAACAUGGCUGUUGGGCCACGGCGAAUUUCGAGCGAAACCAGGUGAUCCCCCAGUGCUCAGGACGUUCCUUUACCACGUUCAAUUUUCUUUUCUUUUUCACAGGGACUUUCACAUCUUUUGUUUGAAUUUUUCAAUGCCUUUUUUUUUUGCAAUUUCCCGGGCUAACAAUUUUAUGUAUUGUUCUUUGAUUUUUUUCCUACUUGCGUAAUCUGUACGCGUGAGAAAGGAGGUUUCCGGGUAGGCAGGGGAGAAUUCUUGUUCAUUCUACAAAAACGAUAAACACUCCAAUUUAAUUUUUACACCUUUCGUUGCUUAUUCUCUAUAUCCCUUUAUUUUUGUAUAUGCAUCUUUAUUUUGGUCUUCUUGCUUUUUUCAUUUUGUUACUCUCACGAAAAGCACCUGCUACAGGCACGCGGGAGCUUUUCUAUCGAACUGUGAUAACUUGCGUUACGUGACGCUUUAUGAACGUUUGAGUGCGUUGCGAAAAUGGGAAAGAAAGUGGUAGAUAAAAAAAUGACAAAAAUUAUAAAAACAAUACACGCUCCCUUGUACACAUCGUCCCACGCGAUUCGUGCUACUUUUUCUUUGCACAGUACAGAGUGUUGUAUUUUUUCUCUUCAAUAUUUUUUUCUAAAUACAUUUUUUUUUCCAUUCAUUCCUCUUCCACCCAUUUUUCCCACAGUCAGUUAUUCUCACUCCCCGUUCAUUCACCUGAAACCAAAUUUUACUUAAAAUUUGUGUAGUCUCUUCAUCACUUCUUCGUUCUUGGUUUUAUUUCAUGUUUUACCUUUUUUCCAUUUUCUUCAUGUCAUUUUUAAUGUCUCACCAUCGCUGGUAACAUCUCUGCCGACGUUUUCCAUUUCUACCGGCCAUAGACCUAUCCUCCUGAGAAUUUUCACAGCUCUUGUCCUUCGCCUUAUUUCUUUUUUUUUUCUUCUGUCCUUAUUUCAGCUUUUUUCUUUAUUUUUCCAUUUCAUGAUAUUUUUCCUUCUUAUUUUUUGGUCAUUUUUAUCUUGGUCAGCGCAUAGAUUCGCCGUGGUCGUAGAAUCGUAGUCUCAGGGUUGCAAACAAACAAACAAAUAAGUAAAUAAACAAUACAAAACAAAGCAUACAAAGCAAAGUAGGUAGAGUUAAACGUAACGAAUGCGAGCAAAGCGAUUAUGCGUAUAGUAAAUAUUGUGUAACACGUGGCGUUGUAUGACGAACCAAGAAACAAAGGUAAACAAACAAGACAAAAAACAUAACGUAAGCUUAGGCAUUACGAAAAAUGGCAAUUACCUAUGUGCUAAUGAGACAUUAAAACAAUUAUCAUUGCGUUAAA